AUGGUGCUGGAGUCGCUACCGGAAGACUUUGAGAUCAGAGAACCUCCACUCAAGACGAUCGAACUGUUCAAGCAUCUGGUGCGGAAGGCCUUGGCUUUUCAGAACAGUUUGAUCGAAGUUGGGAAGGAGGUGGAAUCGUUCCGGAAGCUGAUUGAAAAGAUGACCAUGAAGGGACUGCUACUGGUCAUAAUGCCGAUUAGGAAUGUGAUUAGUGAGUUUGUUAGUGGGGGUAGCGAGUACCUGAAGGAGGAAGUGAAGGGAACGUUGAAUACAUUGGUAGAUCGAUUUUGGGCGGGGAGAUUCGUGACGGAGCAGAAAUCACAGCCGAAGGAGGUUAAGUGCAAUUGUAAAAUGUUGAUUGGUCAGUUGUUGGGCUUGAAGUCUAUAGUGAUCGCAAUAGCGUUCGUGUUGGGUUUGAGUGUAAAAUUUGUAGUGACGAUUGAAGUGUACGAAAGUCCUAGCGAGAAUGUGACAGAUUCUGAGCCUACGUUGAAAAGCACGCUUCCCAAUAGCACGGUUCUGAAUGGAAGUGCCGUCGAUUCGCAAUCGGGGAUCAGUGAACCCGGUAAAAGUGCUGCACCAGUGACAAUAGGUUCCGUGAAUUACAACAGCAUCAGCAACGAUCAACAGCAACCAGUAAACAAUCAUCAUCACCAGCAUAAGCACAGUUCGAGUUAUCGCGAUACGCCAUUAUCGAUUACGCCAACAACGGUUUCGUCUUCUCCAUCUGUUGCAACCGUCGUCACGGCGAGCACAGUGUCUUCGCUAUCGUCAUCUUUGGCCUCCUCUUCCGGAUCAUCUUUUAAAGAAGAUAGCGUGCUGAAGGACAUCGUGGGUGCCAAUCUAGUACAGCAUCAAAUUUCCGGAUACAAGAAACGUCAACUGUACACCAAUGCGUUUCGGCUGUCGAAAAAUGGAACGAACGACAGAAGCUACGACAGGCAUCCGAACCGGCAGGCACCAGCGCCCAAAGAAUUCAUCCCAUCACCAGAGGUAACUCACAUGUACAGUACCGCAGUCCAUCGUCCCUUCCGUCAAAGCUCUCCAGUGGAUGCAACCUACCCUUCCACCGUAGUUGACAACGAUUCCAAAUGGUUCGGUGCAAACCACAUCCAUUUUCCGGAAUCGGUCCAUGGCGACGAGAUCAAGUCCAAUUGGCCGCCAAAAUUCGAUCAUCACAAGAGUGGUAAAUUUCUCUGGUUACCGAAUGGACAGUCCAGUCACGGCGGCGAAGGCUCCGAUAGUCCCUUCAGUAGGACGAAACCACGCUUGACUCCUCCAAAGGGUAAAUGGAAAUGGGUUCCCGAAGAGGAAGACAGCGAUCAUCAGCAGGGUGAAAAACCCACUGAAAACAACAAAAACCCUGACCUUGAGAGUAAGAUCAUCAGUGGUCACCAUUAUUUCAAGUUCCCACCGCGUGACCAUCCGUACUCUUUCGAGGCUGGUCAAACGCCGUUUAGCAGCGACGAGACAGGAAGUAGUGGCGGCAGCAGCACCACCAGCAGCAACGAUGGUACUAAGAUCGAUCCGCUAGAGUACUUCUUCGGGCCCUCGACGGCGGCAGUCGAUGCUGGUUCGCCCUCCAAGUUGAAAACCACAGGCAAAGAUGUUUCUCCGUGGAAAAAGAUUAUCCACGUACUGACGGCGGCCAUCCCGAUCGGGUUCAUUAUCUCCGCGCUAACCCCGCAGGUUGUCUACAUCAAUCCGAACAUGACACAAAAUCCUGGACAAAUGCAAACCUCUACGCCAAUCAGUGGCACCGGAGGCAGUUUCACGAAUCCCAGUCGACAGAGAUCGGAGGAUCAAGGCACCGACACGGCUCCAGCGAAUCCAUUGGUCGGAUUCAUCAACGCCCUGUCCAUGAGUCAAAGUGACCCAAGCCGGUGGCCAAAUUUAACUGCCCUUUUUGGCAGCGAAGGAAGUGGCAGCAGUUGCGAGGAGAAAUCGUUUUGUGAGAUGGCACGGCUGGGAAUCAAUCAUGAUGCUGACAUACUUUUCAAAAUGUUGUGGAAAAUUGCCAAUGAGACACCUGCCGAUCAUGCCCGUCAGAGUGGGCUGGAGGAAAUUUUCCGCGCCGUCAAAGACGAUGACUGCUCGAGAUUCCACUGUGAAAGCACUUAAUCUGUUACCCAUCCAAGCAGGCAAGCAAGCAUAUCGUCGAUUGGUUGCUUGGUUAUCCGUCUCUUCAUCACCAUCACCAUCGUCGU